UCCUCGACCAUUGCUGAGAUGGACGAAGGGGAUGGGAUUUCGUCAGGAAUGGGAUCAAGGUUUAAUACCCAAGGAAAGCGUGAAGUAAUAAUAUAGCUAGUGCACGGGUUGGUACCAACAAAGAGGAAAUGUGAAUAUGAUGAGGCGUCUAGUGAAGGAAUCCCAGAUAUUCUUAAAAGAGUCAAGAUCCCAGAAGUAGAUCUAAUGGAUUACAAAUAAAGGAAAAAGGAAGUAUUUUCAGAUCGAUGCAGUGAGUUCAGAUCGGAUGAGAGAUUCCCUCUUCGAUUCUAAAUUUAAGACACAUAACUCCUUCCAAAGGCAAAACCCUUUACAGAAGGGUCUCAGGCCGAGUGAUUUUUCAAGCCAAAACCGUCGCUCAAUGAGGUUUGAAGCCCCAGAAGACACAUUCCAGCCAAUCCUGAAAGAAUUCAAUCCAAAAGUGUUCAGCAAGAGACUAAAGAGUGUGUCAUCUGAUAACUUCUUCAAAUACAAAGAUUUCUACGGUGCUGGGGCUGAAAUAAUAUCUGAAAGUCCGAAUAAAUGCCACCCAACUCUGAAAGAUGUUAUUGAACAAAAAUAGUGCUGGUUUUGAAUCUGAACUGACUAGAAAAUUGAAGAAUAACAAACUAAUUAGCCCUUUCGAAUGGAAAAUGAACUCCAAUACACCUCACAGACCAUUUAGAGACCGGUUCAAGUUUGGAAACAACAAGAUUUGUGGCAAAGUCACUGACCAAAAUGAAGAAAAUACGUUUAAAUCUAUGCAAAUUUACCUAGAAAAAGAGAAGAAAAAGAAUGAAUUAGCAACCAGGCUCACUAAAUUACAGCAGAAUUCUUGAAGGAAAACAGCUAGUCAGCAUAGAUUUGACAAUGGUGAUACCACAAAUGAGGGUAGGAAUCUCCAGAACGACCUCAAACUAACUAGUAUUGAUGGCUUACAAAGGAACACCCUAAGGAGACACGACCAUUCUGUUGGAAGGGUCUCUCCUAUCUUAAAGAUACUCCCAAAAAUAAAAUCUGAAAGAAAGAUCAAAGCCGAUAAAUGGCGUAAGACAAAGAAUAGAGUAAAGGGCCAAUGUAGUGAAGAGGCAAGUUCUACAUAUUUAUUAACUGGUUUAGAUGUACUACUCAACCAAGGGAUUUGACACACAGAGAGCAUACAACGCAAUGAUGAAUGAGUAGAUUAAGUUGCCACAAAAUUCAAUAAUCCC